UCGUGGAAAAGUGCGAACCGGAAUUGAUUGCACCACGGAACGGACGUAUAUCCUGCACACCGACUGCAGCACUAGCCAGCGAUGCCGCCGAAAAAGAAGGGAAACAAAAAGAACCAGGACUGGGAGGACGAUGAGUCUCCGGCCGUCGCGCUAGACGGUGGUAAAGGUGGUUCGAAAAAGAAGGGGGGAGCGAAAGGUGACAACGUGGAUUCCGAUGAUGAAAGUGGGCCAGCUGCCAACCGUUCUGCCCCGGCCAAGAAGCCCGCUCCGGCCGCCAGUAAAAAGGGCAAGAAAGGCAAAAAGGGUGACGACGAUUGGAGCGACGAUGAAGCGCCGGCGAAGGGUAGUGGUGGUGCGCGUGGUAAGCCGGCACCGGUCGAUUCGGAUGCGGAAGAGGACCGGAAAGUGGUAACGACGAAGCAGCCGGCGAAAAAGGAAGCAAAGAAGGCGGCAGCGUCCAAGGGUAAAGGCAAAGGAAAGAAGGAUGACGAUUGGUCGGAUAAGGAGGAAAAGGAGAUCGAUCUUUUGGCCGGUGGCCGGUCCGGUGACUCGGAGGAUGAAGACGACGUAGCGAUAGUGGCCAGCAAGAAGGCGGCCAAGAAGAAGCAACCGGCGAAGAAGGGAGCCGCCAACAAGAAACCCAUUGCAAAGUUGGAGGAAUCGUCGGAAGAGGAAAGCGAAUCCGAGCCGGAUGAGGAAGAGGUGGAGAGUGACAUCCCGGAACCGGAACCCGUGAAACCGACCAAAGAAGCACCGAAAGCUGUACCGGCGAAGGUCGCGGAACCGGAACCGGUGAAGCAGGAAGAGCCCAAGAAGGUAGACAGCAAGCCACAGGAGGAGCAGGCGAGCAAGAAGAGUGCCAAGAAGGAACCGGAACCAGUGAAAGAUGAUGAGGACGGUGAUGCCGAUGAGAUGGAUGAGGUGGCGGAUAAGGUGGCAGAAGAGUUGACGCUGGACGAGGGGGACAAGGAGAAGAAGCUAACGCACAAGGAAAAGAAGAAGCUCAAGAAACAGCAAGAAUUCGAGCGAAUGCAGGAGGCCAUGCUUCGGAAAGGUGGCCAGGGUCACUCGGAUCUCGACAGUAACUUUACGAUGUCGCAAGCCCAGAAGACGGGCAACCAGAGCAAACAUCAGGACCAUGCCGUUGACAUUAAGAUCGAAAACUUUACCAUUUCGGCCAAGGGUAACGAUCUGUUCGUGAACGCUAAUCUGUUGAUCGCGAACGGGCGCCACUAUGGAUUGGUCGGUCCUAAUGGGCACGGCAAGACGACCCUACUGCGCCACAUCGCUAACCGUGCCUUUGCCAUUCCGCCCAACAUCGAUGUGUUGCUGUGCGAGCAGGAAGUGGUCGCCGAUGAGACAUCGGCCGUCGAGACGGUGCUGAAAGCGGACGUAAAGCGAACGGAACUGUUGCAACAGUGCAAGGAACUGGAAGAGGCCGUCGAAAAUGGAAAGAUCGAGUUACAGGAUCGGUUACAGGAAGUGUACAAUGAGCUGAAGGCGAUCGGUGCCGAUUCGGCGGAACCACGUGCCCGCCGUAUUCUGGCCGGUUUGGGAUUUUCGCGUGAAAUGCAGAACCGUCCGACGAAUGCAUUCUCCGGUGGCUGGCGUAUGCGUGUGUCGCUGGCGCGGGCACUCUUCAUUGAACCGACGCUGCUGUUGCUCGAUGAACCGACGAACCAUCUCGAUCUGAACGCCGUCAUUUGGCUCGACAAUUAUCUGCAGGGCUGGAAGAAAACGCUGCUGAUCGUGUCCCACGACCAGUCUUUCCUGGACAACGUGUGUAAUGAGAUCAUCCAUCUGGACAACAAGAAGCUGUACUACUACAAGGGUAACUACACGAUGUUCAAGAAGAUGUACGUGCAGAAGCGUCGCGAGAUGAUCAAGGAUUACGAGAAGCAGGAACGCCGAUUGAAGGAACUGAAGGCACACGGUCAAUCGAAGAAGGCGGCGGAAAAGAAACAGAAGGAAAAUCUGACGCGCAAACAGGAGAAGGGACGCAGCAAGAACCAGAAACCGGGUGAGGAGGACGAGGGCCCGGUGGAGCUGCUGUCAAAGCCGAAGGAGUACAUCGUGAAGUUUAGCUUCCCCGAUCCACCACCGUUGCAGCCACCGAUCCUUGGAUUACACAAUUGCAACUUUAAUUUCCCCAACCAGAAGCCACUGUUCAUUGGAGCUGAUUUCGGUAUCGAUCUAAGUAGCCGGGUGGCGAUCGUUGGUCCGAACGGUGUCGGCAAAUCGACGUUCCUGAAGCUGCUCGUCGGUGAGCUGGAACCGAUCAAGGGUGAGGUGAAGCGUAACCAUCGGUUGCGUAUCGGUCGGUUCGAUCAGCAUUCGGGCGAGCAUUUGACGGCGGAGGAAACGCCGGCCGAGUAUCUGCAGCGGUUGUUUAACUUACCGUACGAGAAGGCCCGUAAGCAGCUCGGCACGUUUGGACUUGCGAGCCAUGCGCACACGAUCAAAAUGAAGGAUCUGUCCGGUGGACAGAAGGCUCGCGUAGCGUUGGCCGAACUGUGCCUCAAUGCACCGGAUGUGCUAAUUCUCGAUGAACCUACGAAUAACCUGGACAUUGAAUCGAUCGAUGCCCUGGCAGAAGCGAUCAACGAUUACAAGGGCGGAGUGAUUAUCGUGUCCCACGACGAACGGCUUAUCCGGGAGACCGAGUGUGCGCUGUACGUGAUCGAGGAGCAGACGAUCAACGAGGUGGACGGUGAUUUCGAUGACUACCGGAAGGAGGUGUUGGACAGUUUGGGCGAGAUUAUCAACAACCCUAGUAUAUCGGCCAACGCGGCAGUGUUGCAGUGAUCCGGGUAUCCGUGUGUUCGUUGUUCGGCGUCGGUACGAGUGUUACUGCUUCCUUUUUCUCCUUCUUCUUGUAGCAGAGCCUUUGCUUCGAUUAAAUUCGUUUUUAUUAUUAGCAUUUUGAAAAGUAUAUACAAUUAUGGCGCCACUAG